AUUAUAAAUGUUGAUUAUGUAUUCACAUUGUUAUGCUGCCCUCCAGGAAUAUAUUUAUAUACUUCUUACUCGAGUUUGCUGUCCCUUCAAUUCACUAAGAUACAACCUUUACUCCUUUCUCACCACUCUCUCACUACUCUCACUUCCCCCACGACCGUUACACUCGGUUCAGUCCGUUUACGCACCUCCCCAUCAUCCUACUCCAAUACCAUACUCAGCCGAAGAAAAAAUCAGCACUUGCGAAAUACCAUGACUUCAUCGACAACCUCAGAGAAGGGCGAUCUCAAAGCCGAAUCUGGAACGACAACUCCUGCCCCUGGACGAAAGUCGCCAAGCAUUCUAGAAGAUCCUGAAAAGGAUGCUGGGAUCCUGUCUCCCAGUGUUCCGAACGAUUCUGCUCCUCAAGAAGAGUGGACACGACCAUACACACCCUGGCGAUGGGUUCUAGUGCUGGUAGCCCUUUACCUGGCGGCGUUCCUCUACGGGCUUGACAAUACCAUCGUUGCCGACGUCCAGGGCCCCGUCAUCGAAACGUUCGGAAAUGUGGACAAGAUUGGUUGGCUUGGGAUCGGCUUUCCCUUAGGAUCCAUCGCGACGCUUGCUACCUUCGGCAAGGCCUACUCCAUCUUUGACAUUAAGUGGCUGUUCAAUGGUAGCCUGAUCAUGUUCAUUGCCGGCAGUGCGCUUUGUGGCGGUGCGCCGUCCAUGACCGCUUUGAUCAUUGGACGCGUUUGGGCCGGAGCUGGCGGUUCUGGGAUGUACCUGGGAAUCUUGAAUAUUCUCACAAUAAACACCAACUCAAUCGAGCGGUCCAUGUAUAUGUCCGGAUGUGGCCUGGUAUGGGGUAUCGGCUGUAUAUUGGGACCAGUCAUCGGCGGGAGCUUCGCCGACAGCUCCGCAACUUGGCGCUGGGCGUUUUAUAUCAAUCUCAUCCUAUAUGGCAUUCUUUGCCCGGUGGGAAUUUUCUUCAUCAGAUCCAUCAACCCCCAGCCGGAUAAGACUUUCUUCAAUAAGCUGCGACAUAUUGACUGGGUAGGAUCCUUCCUCAAUGCUGGCCUGUACACGUUCUUCGCCUCCGCGUUUACUUUUGGGGGUGCGGUCUAUGCAUGGAACGAUGGCAAGACGAUCGCCUUUAUUGUCCUAUUCGCCGUGUUCCUCAUUGCCUUCGCCCUUCAGCAGACCUACAUGGUGUUCACCACGUUCGAGACGCGAAUCUUCCCGAUCGACUUCAUCAAAGACCGCACGCUCGUCCUGCUCUAUAUCGCUCAGUCCGCGGCAGCGACUUCACUAUUCAUCCCGAUCUACUACACCCCUCUCUUCUUCCAGUUCACCCGAGGCGACUCCGGUACCGACUCUGCAGUCCGACUCCUACCAUUCAUCUUUCUCGUCAUUGCCGCGAUCCUUUUGAACGGAUUCCUCAUGCCUCGAUUUGGAUACUACAUGCCCUGGUUCCUCGUCGCACCGAUCUUUACCUUAGUUGGUUCGGCGUCUUACUACGCACUCGUCGAUGCGUCGAUCAGCGCAGGAAAAAUCUACGGAUUCGGCGUCCUCAUGGGCAUCGGCGCCGGCCUCUCCCAGCAGUCAUCGUACUCCGUAGCUCCCACGCAAGUCGAACCGCACCGGAUCUCGGACGCCCUCAAUUUCAUCAACAGCGCCCAGAUCGGCGGCUUCGUCAUCGCCCUCACGCUCACCUCGUCGAUCUUCCAGAACAUCGGCUUCUCGCACGUGAGCGCCGCGCUCGCUGGACGGGGUUUCACGCCCGCCGACAUUCAUCUGGCGCUGGCGGGAGCGAAGAGCGAUCUGUUCGCCGACGUGCCGGACAGUGUUCGUCAGGCGGUAAUUGAUGGCAUCGUCAAAUCCAUCGGCAAUGGGUAUAUCCUGGUCAUCACUGCUGCUGCGGUUGGGCUUAUCGCGGCUCUUUGUAUGAAGAGGGAAAAGUUGUUCAUGGAAGUCGGAGCUGGCGGUUGAGCUGGGGAGGAAAAGCAGUGAUCAUUGAUUAUCCACUGUUUUGGAUCCUUAGUUACUAAAGGAACAAAUGGGGGUUGGUCCCGUUAAUACCCAAUAGAAGGCCUG